AUGUCAAUAAAAAUAUUUUUAUUUUUGUUACGGGUUUUGCGAUUCGAUGACAUAAAUACUCGUGAUAACAGAAAGGAAACCGACCACCUGGCACCAAUCCGAGAAAUUUUUGAAAGCUUUGUUGCUCAUUGUAAUCAAAAUUACACACCCGGGGAAUACUGCACUGUGGAUGAAAUGUUAGAAUCAUUCAGAGGCCGCUGUAAAUUUAGAGUUUAUAUAUCCAACAAACCCGCAAAGUACGGCAUCAAAAUCUAUGCACUUGUAUAUUCCAAAACCUUCUAG